UGCCUUUUGUUGCUGGAGAGAUAGAGAGAGGGAGACAGAGAGAAAUGGUGUCCGGAUCGGGAAUCUGCGCGCGGCGGGUGGUGGUGGACGCGCGCCACCACAUGCUGGGGCGGCUGGCGUCGAUACUGGCGAAAGAGCUGCUCAACGGACAGAGAGUGGUGGUUGUCCGCUGCGAAGAGAUCUGCCUCUCCGGCGGCCUCGUCCGCCAGAAGAUGAAAUACCUCCGCUUCCUCCGCAAGCGCAUGAACACCAAGCCCUCUCACGGUCCCAUCCACUUCCGCGCCCCCGCCAAGAUCCUCUGGCGCACCAUCCGCGGGAUGAUUCCGCACAAGACAAAGCGUGGAGCGGCGGCGCUGGCGAGGUUGAAGGCGUACGAGGGCAUUCCUGCGCCCUACGACAAGACGAAGCGGAUGGUCAUCCCUGACGCUCUCAAGGUUCUGAGGCUUCAGGCUGGACACAAGUACUGCUUGUUGGGCAAGCUCUCAUCAGAGGUCGGAUGGAAUCACUAUGACACCAUCAGGGAGCUGGAGAAGAAGAGGAAAGACAGGGCACAAGUAUCAUACGAGAGGAAGAAGCAGCUAACAAAGCUGAGGAUCAAGGCUGAAAAAGCUGCUGAGGAGAAGCUUGGUUCUCAGUUAGACAUACUUUCUUCCGUUAAGUACUAAGCUAAUUUUGGUAGUUAUAGUUGCUGAAAAUUUCAAGAACUAUUAAGCUUUGUGCUCUAUUAGACGGCCAUGCAUUCACCCGUCAACUGUAGGGUUCUUGGGAUUUUGUCAGUUAAGACCUUACAAAGUUUUGUUGAAGAUUAUAGUAUGUUUGAUUCUUUUCCCGUUUUGAUGAUGUUUAUGCAAUGCACUCUUGCUUAUC